UGGCAAAAAUGAGGUUAUGGUACUCCGCGCGCGUCAAACAGUGAGUUGAUAAUCCGGCGUCCUUUAACUAUAGCUAAAAUAUAGUCAAUUUAGUUAAUUACUAGUCAAAAGUAAGCAUCGACAAACAGGGGAGAAGGUGUCCAGAAAGAUGCUCAAGCUAGUGCUAAUGAUUACCUUACCAGUUCUGGGAAUCCUGCUAGUAAUCGGAGUCAUCGUUAAAAGACUAUAUGAAAAUAUACGAGCCCGCUUUGAUGCGACAGUAAACUGCUGGUUUUGCAAUCAAAAUGCCCGCGUGCGGUAUGUGGAGCGGAAUAGAUGGACCUGUCCGAAGUGCGAGCAGUACAAUGGCUUCACCAAGGAUGGCGACUAUAAUCGGGACAUGUCCUUGCAGCGUGACACCAGUGCAGCCAGCUCGCAGAAGAACACCUCCACGCAGGAGACCAAUAUCUGUGCGAAUUCCUACUAUCCGGGCGCCAUACCCUCCUCCGCCAUGAACCAAUCCCUAAACAAUGGCCUUUGCGGCCAGUGCAACGAGUCGCAGCGUCUGAAGAUCGAAAAACUUGCCCAGUUCGAGCCCAAGAAAGAGUCUCGUUUCGAUCAGGAGCUCAAGGUCUACAAAGAACAACUGGAGCAUCAGUUCCGUUUGUGCAGCAGCUGUGAGCGGCAUGUCAACAAGGUCCUCCACGAGAAGAAGAAAAUGAUUCUCAGCUCAAAGAUCUUAAAUUUCCUGAUCAAAGGCGCGGCAGUGCUCAAAGAGCCGCAUUUCAAUCGUUUGGCCAGCGCCCAGCGCCAGCAGAGACUCCAACGCUAUCAGCUGUGGAUGGCCAUCCUCACUGUGGGUAAUAUUUUGUGCAUGCUCUGCAGUCUACCGCCUGCCACACGCGAACAGUUUCACGCCUUUCUGGGCGAACAACUGGGCACGACGCUGUUCUACCUGUACUCCCAUGUGGUGGCCCUGCUUCGUGUGACGUCCGCCGCUCUGGGCGACAUGCUGGAACAGCGGGCAACCGUCGCUCGGACGAAACUGCUGCUGUAUGCCCGGACCUUUGGCAAGCUGCUGCUGUACUCGGGCGGGGUCAGCCAGCAGCAGCUGCAGCAGGCCACAUUCAGUUCCUGCUUCAUCGACCUCUAUCCGUAUGCCAUGCUCGCGUUGAGCUUCUUCCACAAAGUGAGCAAUGGGCUACGCCUGACCCGCUUCACCCUCAUCCUGCUGAUGUGGAGUGUCUGUGCCAUGGGCACAGCCCUGCUGCAGCCCUACAUCGAUGGCAUCAGCUUCAUCCUGCUGGGCAGUGUGAUGACCCUCAUUCUGCUGGCCACAAAUCGCGCUAAUCUGUUGAGCCAGAUGAGCCAAGAGGAGUCGGCCAGCGAGAGCUUCCAUCGGCUGUGCGCAGACGAGUGCAUCACCGAUGAGGAAACCUUUGGCAUGAUCACCGAGCAGCUGAGCACCUGCAGCGCCAGGAGCAUCGGCUCCCCCUCGAGUGGCAUCACCAGCCUCCAACAGCAGACCUUCCUAGAUAAUGGAAGCGUCAGGAAUCUGUCGCGCAUUUCCCCCAACAGUGGCAUCACCAGCCUUCGACAGCGUGGAUUGGCCAAACAUCACAGAAAAUCGCCCACCGGUCUGUCCAUGGAAUCGCUUCAUCUGUCCAGCCGGCAUGGUCCUUCGACUGUUUACUCGACUCCCACCUGGCGGCCUGCUCCUGUUCCUGCUUCCCCUGCGGCUCCCACAUGGAACGAACCGCUGCAAUCCACUGCUACGGACUGGUACAGGCUCGCCAAUCUGAACGGACAGACGAUGCAUCAGAUGAACGGCCGAUCCACGCAGAAUCUGCUGAUGCCCUCGCGGCUGCCUGUGCCACAGACCGAACGGGAUGUCGGCGCCUGGGUGGUCACGCACAGCAUCAAUCCAAAUGCCUACGACCAGUGUCCCAAAGACUCGCAGCAGAAGGAACAGCUGCAGCAGCAGCAGCAGCUCUCACGCACCUCCUCGCAGUCCUCGGGCUUUGGGUCGCAGACACGACCGGAAUCCCAAUGGAAUCCCACUCCUACGGCAGCCAAUCCUUUCCAGUCUUAUGCACCCUCAGGUGCCCCAUCGCCAGGACUCUCGUUUGCCGGACCCUCCGCCUGGGAUUAUCCUGGACAACGUACUAGCCGCGAGGGCGUCACCCUGCAGCCCGGGGACCUGCUGCGAAAUUGGCUGGAGGGCAAGGGCAGGGCACAGCUUCACUGAUGGACAGAUGAACAGAUGGUGAUUUCAAAAGCACUGUUUUUACUAUUUUUUGUUCUCCUCACUGCCAGAAGGAUUUACGCUUACAGUUUAAACAUAUUUAUUGAUCUAUUUAGACGCUUUUUGAUUAUUAUUAUGAUGAAGAUAAACCGGAUACAUAUGGUAUCAUUUUUAUACCCGAUA